GAUAAAAUGUGAACAACUAAUGUUAGUUGGAUACAAUUAUGGAAUAUCCAUUUGAUAGGAUUAUCUAAAAACAAGAUAAGCUCGGCCAUUGAUACAUUCUAAAAAUACUCACUGCCGCUCAGAAAAGCCCAUGACAGACACUUAUGCACAGCUAUCGUCAUAUCAUCAUCAAACUGGUUUGGACUGCUCCCGUAAUAAUACCCUUAAGUGCCCCAUGGAGCCGGCAGUCUGUUGAUUGUAACCCAUUCAGAAUGUUCGAAGCGCAUCAGCAUAUAUCCAUUCAGCUGGUGAUUUUUCUCUACUUUGCGAUAGCCCUUUGCUCGUCAUUGCCAAACGCCACGAGCUGCGGGCAUCGUUGCGGCGGAGGCGACUGUAUCCAACUCGACCAGCUAUGUGACGGCACCGCCAACUGCUUGGAUGGCUCCGAUGAGACGUCUGCCAUGUGUGGGAAGGUCUGGUGUCCGGGAUAUGCGUUCCGCUGCAACUACGGAGCGUGCAUACCCAGCACAGCUGUUUGCGAUGGCGUCCAGGACUGCGUGGAUGGAUCGGAUGAACACGGAUGGCUGUGCCGAGCCCAGAUGCAGAAGGCUAACUGCGACAACUGGGAGAUGUACUGCGCCUCUGGACAAUGCAUGCCCUACUCCAAGUUGUGCGAUGGCAUCCGCGAUUGCCGGGAUGGAGAUGAUGAGCUGGCGUCCCUUUGCGAGGGCGUUGUCCUACCAACUACAACGAUCAGUUCAACGACAAGUACUACCACGGAAAGUGCUACCAAUAGCAUAACUCCCAAUGUUGCUAUGGCACGGAAGCCACCACAAGCACAUCCCAUUCAGGAGAACGAGGAGUGCGUGGUUCCACAAUUGCCAAACGUGAUUGUUAGGCAUUUCACACAGGCAAUCCUCACCGCGGGAUCAAGAGUAGCCAAUGGCACCCGUAUCUACUACGACUGCCCGGCGGAGCACAGGCUUAAAGGGGACAACCAGAACAUUUGCCAGGACGCUUUGUGGGCUAGGAAGUUUCCCUACUGUGAAACACCCCAAGCGCACAUUUUUAGUUUGGUGAUAGUAGUAUUCUGCUGCCUUAUCGUGGUAUUGGUGUUUCUAAUUUGGCGGGUUCGCCGGAAAAAUGGCACAAGAAGGCAACGCGAGGAGCACAUUUGGCUGGUGGAGACCAACAGCAAUCUUCCCGAGCCAACUGGCAUACCAAAGGUUUAGGGAUAUAUGUUUACAAAGCCAAAAUUGUGAUCACUUACCUUUUUUACCAACUGAGUUGUGGCUAAAAAUACUGGUAAUUUUAAAAACUCGGGGUUUAUGUUAAGUAAAUAAUGUCGUUAAA